GCUCACAUAAGAAGAGUGAUGUUCCCAAUGAAACUUAAAAAAUAUAUAUAGAUGAACACAACAUCUGUGGUAGGUGUGGUUGAAAAAUGUUCGUACCGGAGGGUGGACGUUUGGUUCCUACAGUGAGCAUCGUGAAAGACGACUACUGCUAUCCGUACUUGGUGGAGUUGGGCGUAAGCAAAAGCGUGGGUUUAUCCAGUAAGCACAUAUGCGCUUUUGAUGGAACUGGAACUCUACUACUGCAAGUAAUUGGAGGCUUUUGGCAGUUCAACAAGAAACGAACCAUGUAUAAUUCUUUUGGGCACCCCAUCAUCACCAUGCGUAGGAAGGCACACCAAGAAUGGAUAGUUCACAGCGGUGAAAGAGUGGAGGGAAGCAAUCUUCUGUACAGUGUGAAGAAAGCUGAGAGUUUCCAGCUCAAAACCAAGCUUGAAAUUUUCUUAUCAACCAAUACCAACACUCAUCUUUGUGAUUUCCGUGUUAUUGGAAGUUAUACUUCUCAAUCUUUCAAAGUCUACAAAGGUGAAACUGUGGUCGCAGAGGUGAAAGAGAAGUCCAAACUGAGAAGAUUAGGAACAGGGAGUUUCCAAGCAAGAAUUUAUCCUGGUAUCGAUUAUGCCUUUAUUGUGUCGUUGCUAGUCAUAUUUACCGAAAUAGAUUUCUGAGUCACAAAUUUUAUAAUGUAAACUAUAAUUGUUGAAGAUUUCAAUUAUAGUCACCUCAUGUAUCCGUACAGAUCCUUACCUUGAACUGCAUAUAUCAAUGAGAACAAAUAAG